UCUCGGCCCAAACAUGAUGCUGCGGAUGUGCGUGCUGUGGGCUAUGUAUGCAGCCUCUCUCCGGGGCCACUCCCGGGACCAGUCCUGGCGUCCCGUACAUCACCUGCCGCUGUUCCAGCACGCCCCGGGACCGCUGGUAGCUCGGGAGAUGUUCAGACCCGUUCCCCACAAAAGUCCGCUCCCACACGGUCUGGCUCCGUUACUGCUUCCUCCCGCUGAGCGACGGCACUCAGGGCACGAGCAGCUCUCUCCUCCGGGGCCGGUGGACUUGUGGUGCGGGCUGCGGCAGGUGAGCGUGCGUGUGGACCGCCUGAGACUCCGUCACUGGGGCAUCCCGGGCCUGUUUCGGCUCAGCUCCUGCCCCGUGAGCGCGGCCACUCCCCGGUACCUGUACUUCCAUCGCGGCCUGGGCGAGUGUGGGGGCCACGUUCAGGUGGUGGGAGGGCAGUUGGUGUACAGGUACUCUUUGUCCUACGACACACCUCGCCAGGGUUCUGUGCUCCGGGUACCCCCUCUGGAACUACCCCUUAGCUGCCACUACAACAGGUUCCAUUACUCGUACAGAUUGGGGUACCAGCCUUUAGCCCCGCCCUCGUCCUUCCUGAAGAGCGCCCGGAGCAGAGCCGACUUCAGCCUCAGCGUCUGCAGCAGCCAGUGGGAAGUUCUGCCUCCAGGACACCAGUUUGUUCUGGGGGAGCCUGUGUACUUCGUAGCCCGGGCCGGAGCACUGCUGGCUGGGGAGAGGCUCUACGUGGACUCCUGCCAUGUGACCAGCUCCAGGGACCCCAGCAGCACCCCCAGAGUGGACAUCAUUACCAACCACGGCUGUAUGACGGACAGUGUGAGGGCUGACAGCAACUCGCACUUCGUGUCGCGGGGCCCUAGUGAGCUGCGCUUCUCUGUGGACUCCCUCCUCUUCACCACAGAGGCACAGACUUGGCAUGAGUCCCCCCUUCAGAUGCUGUUUCUUCACUGCUCCAUGUCGAUGGGUCUACAGCCAUCUCCCAUUUCCAAGAGCUGCACCUACAGCCAGGAUACAGGCAGAUGGCAGGAGCUGGAUGCCUCUCCCUUUGUGUGCUCUUGCUGUAACUCUGUGUGUGGGGCCCCUGGGGACUAUGUAUCCAGUACCUCGGUGAGCAGUGCUGGCUGGCACUUCGCACAGCACCAGCACGACGGGUCUGUCUCUCUGAUGAGUAGGGGAUCGGGCCUUACAGAGGAGCCCUGCACCAAAGAUCCACAGAAGGGCUCAUGUGCGGAGCUUGUCAAUGGAGACCAGUGGACUGACACACAAAGGAACAGCGCCACGGAGCACAAGCAGUAUAAGCAGCACAAGCAGCACACAGAGCCCCGCCCUCAGCACAGCAACAUACUCUUGAAAAGUGCCCUCAUAAAUCACACUCCUGAGAAACAAAUUGUGAGCAUUAAACCUACAAACACCUCAACUCUAGCACUGGACUGAACAGCUGCAAGGUUUACAAACUUGGCAGGGACAAGGACUAGGAAACAGCGGACUGAACAGCUGAAAGUUUUACAAGAUCUGGUCCAGAUGUGUGCUUAUACCUAAACUCCUAAAUAUAAACUGACAGUUAUUGAAGUGUUUUUGCUGUGCUGCCUAUGGGUGAAUCUAAGUGUUGGGAGAUUACCACAAACAUGCAUGCAGAAAUUAAAGAAGUACAUGCAACUCAAGACUCUUACCACACAGUUGUAUAAUGUUCAUCUAUUUUCAAUACAAGUAAAUAUUACUCUCCUGCCACACUUGGUGACAUCUGAACUUUAUCACUGAAUGCCACAUAGAAACCACUUUGGCUCAUUCUAAGACUAGUGUCCAUUAAAUGUGCUUGCUCCGGCUGUCCUAAGAAUAUACUUGACAAAUAAACAUUGUGUAGGGUGUUUUUUUGUGCAAGUAUCACACUGACAAAAUAAACCCAAAAUGCUUUCAUAGUUUUAUAGAAAUUUCCAGCAGAUGUAUAUAAAAAGUCAAUUUAUGGUUUCAAUUACAUUUUCCUCAGACCC